UGGGGCUCCCGGCAGAGGGAGGGCUGAGCUAUUACGGCCCUUUAAAUAAUCACUGUCUCAUUGUGUUUCUCAGUCUCAGCAGAGAGACUGGGGGAUCUGGGACACGAACUGAGUGCACUCACUGAGUAAAGACAUCAACAGGUAAGUCAGAGGAUACAAUAUAUAUGUGGGGGUUCUGAAUGUGGGGGCACAGAUUAUUAAUGGGGGUUCUGAAUGUGGGGGCACAGAUUUAUUAAUGGGGGUUCUGAAUGUGGGGUGCACAGAUUUAUUAAUGGGGGUUCUGAAUGUGGGGUGCACAGAUUUAUUAAUGGGGUUCUGAAUGUGGGGGGCACAGAUUAUUAAUGUGGUAUUCUGACUGUGGGGGGCACAGAUUAUUAGUGGGGGUUCUGACUGUGAGGAGCACAGAUUAUUAAGGAGAAGUUCUGAAUGUGGGGUGCACAGAAGAAAUUCUGACUGUGGGGAGCACAGAUUAUUAAUGGGGGAUUCUGACUGUGGGGGGCACAGAUUAUUAAUGGGGGAUUCUGACUGGGGGGGCACAGAUUAUUAGGGAGAAGUUCUGAAUGUGGGGUGCACAGGUUAUUAGUGAGGGGUUCUCUAUGUGGGGAGCACAGAUUAUUAAUGGGGGAUUCUGACUGGGGGCAGCACAGGUUAUUAGUGGGGGAUUUUGACUGUAGGGGAACACGGGUCAUUAGUGGGGGUUUUUGGAUUUGGGGAGCACAGAUUAUUAGUGGGGGAUUUGGGGGAGCACAGAUUAUUAGUGGGGGAUUUUGGAUUUGGGGGAGCACAGAUUAUUAGUGGGGUAUUUGGGGGAGCACAGAUUAUUAAUGGGGGGAUUCUGUGUUAUUAGGGUGUGACUGGUUGUGUUUAUUAUGGGAAGUGAGGUUUGAGUGGCAGUACUGAGUGACUGCUAAACUGCUUCAGUUCAAACAGAUCUCUAUUUGUGCAUAUUUUGGGCGAUAAGCGACCAGUUGUAUAACUCUGUGAUUCGGAGUUCCAUCAGUGGCUCCAAAAAAAAUAAAAAAGAUGGUUUGGGGAGAGUCACUAAAUGUUGACUUUAAUCACAGAAUUAACCAAUAGAAGAUAAAAAAGGAGGAAGUUUAAAAACUCUAUAUUUAUAUAUAUAUCACAUAUUUAAUAAACGUAUAAAUACUGGGUAGAAAAUGCUCCUAUUUAUACUAUUAUUAUUUAUAUAAUGUAUAUAUUAAGGAGUACAAUGUAAAAAUACCAACAUUUCCGAGACUUAACAUAUCUUCACAUUGAGAGGAACUAGAGUGACCCCAAAUGUGUUUUCACGUCUUUAUUUUUAUCAACAUUGUUAUAGGAAAUCUAACUGUGAUUAAAUGUGCAUUUUACUCACACGCUCUUCCCAUACACUCACACUCACUCCAUCCCCAUACACUCACACUCACUCCAUCCCAUUCCCCUACACUCACACUCCUCCAUCCCCAUUCCCCUUACCUCACACUCUCUCCAUCCCAUUCCCCAUACACUCACACUCACUCCAUCCCCAUUCCACAUACACUCACACUCUCUCCAUCCCCAUUCCCCAUACACUCACACUCUCUCCAUCCCCAUUCCCCAUACACUCACACUCUCUCCAUCCCCAUUCCCCAUACACUCACACUCACUCCAUCCCCAUACACUCACACUCACUCCAUCCCCAUACACUCACACUCACUCCAUCCCCAUACACUCACACUCUCUCCACCCCAUACACUCACACUCUCUCCAUCCCCAUUCCCCAUACACUCACACUCUCUCCAUCCCUCAUCCCUCCAACCUCACUCACACUCACUCUCGCUCCCCAUACAUUAACCCCCAUCCCUCCAACCUCACUCACACUCACUCUCGCUCCCCAUACAUUAACCCUCAUCCCUCCAACCUCACUCACACUCACUCUCGCUCCCCAUACAUUAACCCCCAUCCCUCCAACCUCACUCACACUCACUCUCGCUCCCCAUACAUUAACCCCCAUCCCUCCAACCUCACUCACUCUCGCUCCCCAUGUACAGUGCCCCCAUUCCUCCAGCCUCACUCCACCUCACUCUUUCGCUCCCCAUACAUUGUAACCCCCAUCCCUCCAACCUCACUCACACUCACUCCGCUCCCCAUGCAUUAACCCCCAUCCCUCCAACCUCACUCACACUCACUCUCUGCGCUCCCCAUACAUUAACCCCCAUCCCUCCAACCUCACUCACACUCACUCUCGCUCCCCAUACAUUAACCCCCAUCCCUCCAACCUCACUCACACUCACUCUCGCUCCCCAUACAUUAACCCUCAUCCCUCCAACCUCACUCACACUCACUCUCGCUCCCCAUACAUUAACCCCCAUCCCUCCAACCCCACUCAAUCCCCAUCCUCGCACCCUGGUUCCCCUCUCCCCAUUGUUUGAUUACUGUGUGAAUUAGUCUUCCUCCCACAUACACUCUCCCUCCCUCUACCUGUCUGCCUGGGGGAUUCCUUCUACCUGCCAUUCUCUGUGUACACACACACCGGGUGGGGUUGGGGGUUAUUAGAAAGUCAGGUUUAACUGGAAUGGGGAGUGAUGGGGGUAGGCAGCCACUAUGUUUAGAUUAACUCUCGAAGUGCCACUCAGUUCGUACUCACUCUCUAAGCAUCAUGGGGAAUGUAGUUUGUAAGAGCUGGAGUUUCAGUGUUAGCCAGUGUUGUGAUAUUCACUCACUGUACAAUGUGAACCAUUAUCGCUUUAUUCAAUAAACCAACUGCAUUAUAUGGUAAGUAUUGUGUAUCACCUCCUGGAACAUGGUUGGUAAAUCCCUCUGUAUCGGCGAGUUAUUCUCUAAGGGUAAAUAUGGGAAUUAUUUAAUAAAUGAAUGGCGAUAAUAACAGUCCGAUUCCCAAAUUAGCUGGACACCCACAUAAUAGGCAUUUCCGAGCCCAAAGAAUGAUUAAUAAUUAGUGAAUUAAAAGAGGUUGCACACCAGAGACAGAAAUACCAGUGUUGGAUAAACAGAGCGCUUAGCAAAUUCGGCUAUUGUGGUUUAACCCCUUAAGGACCAAACUUCUGGAAUAAAAGGGAAUCAUGACAUGUCACACAUGUCGUGUGUCCUUAAGGGGUUAAUAUGUGCCAUUGUCUUGUCUGUUCCCCGCAGUUCAGAAUUUAGUUGAUAUUUUGGGAGACCCCCAGUGUACACAAUUGUGUGUUUGUAUUCUCUCCCCUCCAGAUAAAUAUACUGGCGGUCUUUGUCACACAGAUUAUUAAGGGUUAAAGCCGGCAGCAUUCUAUUCUGUGGACUGAUGUACAAAGGUUAGCCGAAUGGGGGAAUACAGUCUGAAUGGACAGAUGAAUCUAUUCCAACUAUUGCAGGCAGAGCCGAAUAUAUUGCCCAAUGUUAUGUGUUCAUGAGAUUUCCACGUCUCAAACCGUAUGUUGUAAUAACGGAUGAUGUUCUGUGAAGGUGAAAAUAUUUUUAGUGUUCGCUGUGUAAUUAGCGAGACGUAGACGGGAGGGAGGCUCCGUCAUUUACCCAGAACAAGGACACUCCUGCAAAUCCAAUCUGACCUGAAUCAGGGUUAGUCCUUUGUGAAGGAAUUCCUGCCUCGUCCGGGUCAUUUGGAUGCAAAUUAACGAAGUAUUGCACUUUCUGCUAAUGCCUUUUUUAUUGGACAGACAGAAUAAUUUUGUGUAAAAUUUCCACGUAUAAACCUAUAACCAGCCCUACAUAGAGAAUACCCACCACCCCUGGGCACUAUGAGGUUCUGUACAAAGAAGUCAUUUAUUAUUUUAUUAUUUAUAUAGCGCCAGCAAAUUCCGUAGCGCUGUACAAUGGCAACCAAUGGAAUGUUCUGCUGAUUGCCCCACUUGGUGACAUUCAGUUACCUGGUCGCCCCUUAAUUCCGAGGCUAACAUCUAGGACUUUCAUUUUUGUUAUGAGGUGGGAAUGACCUUUGGUGGAGGAGUUUUGCAAUCCCUGUCAGUUUCAUUUCCUAGAUUAAGAUUAAUGCUAAAAGGUUGCGAGGUGGAGAUUCUGUUUGAGUGUCUGCUGGCAUGGAUUACAGUAAAUUAGGUGCGAUUAUCGGCUCUGUUGUGGUUACAUAUUAAGGAAUACAUACAGGUUUCAGAGAUUAUUCAUUAAACUCAAUAUGUCAUUGUAAAUCAUCCCCAUUCAUCCUUUCUAAUCUCAUCACUUCACAGCCGCAGCUGAACUCAGUGUGGUAGCGCUGAACUCUCCGCAGGGCCUCGGAAGUGGGGAUCAUUGAGUGUUACUGUGUGAGCUCCUGGGCGUGAAUUCCUCCACGAGCUUGUCUCUGGCCUGUCAAUAAGUGUCUGAUUAGAAUGCGGACACCUAGCCCUUCUCACUGGGCAACCCCGGGUACGGUGCCGCAAGGUCCUCGCUCUUAGCAGGAUAAUAACCAGGGCAGAGCUGUACAGCUUUAUAUUACACACAGUAACCCCGGCAUUGCACCCCUUUAUAUUACACACAGUAACCCCGGCAUUGCACCCCUUUAUAUUACACACAGUAACCCCGGCAUUGCACCCCUUUAUAUUACACACAGUAACCCCGAUAUUGUACAGCUUUAUAUUACACACAGUAACCCCGGCAUUGCACCCCUUUAUAUUACACACAGUAACCCCGAUAUUGUACAGCUUUAUAUUACACACAGUAACCCUGGCAUUGCACAGCUUUAUAUUACACACAGUAACCCCGGCAUUGCACAGCUUUAUAUUACACACAGUAACCCCGAUAUUGUACAGUUUUAUAUUACACACAGUAACCCCGAUAUUGUACAGCUUUAUAUUACACACAGUAACCCCGAUAUUGUACAGCUUUAUAUUACACACAGUAACCCCGGCAUUGCACCCCUUUAUAUUACACACAGUAACCCCGAUAUUGUACAGCUUUAUAUUACACACAGUAACCCCGAUAUUGUACAACUUUAUAUUACACACAGUAACCCCGGCAUUGCACCCCUUUAUAUUACACACAGUAACCCCGAUAUUGUACAGCUUUAUAUUACACACAGUAACCCCGAUAUUGUACAGCUUUAUAUUACACACAGUAACAACAUUAUUGCACAGCUUUAUAUUAAGCUACAUUUAUUGUAGUUUAAAGACACAUUACUGGGAGUAUUAUCGCUGUGGGGCUCUGUUAUACACUCAGACACAUUACUGGGAGUAUUAUUGCUGUGGAGCUCUGUUAUACACUCAGACACAUUACUGGGAGUAGUAUUGCUGUGGAGCUCUGUUAUACACUCAGACACAUUACUGGGAGUAGUAUUGCUGUGGAGCUCUGUUAUACACUCAGACACAUUGCUGGGAGUAUUAAUGCUGUGGAGCUCUGUUAUACACUCAGACACAUUACUGGGAGUAUUAUUGUUGUGGAGUUCUGUUAUACACUCAAACACGUUACUGGGAGUAUUAUUGCUGUGGAACUCUGUUAUACACUCAGACACAUUACUGGGAGUAUUAUUGCUGUGGAGCUCUGUUAUACACUCAGACACAUUACUGGGAGUAUUUUUGCUGUGGAGCUCUGUUAUACACUCAGACACAUUACUGGGAGUAUUAUUGCUGUGGAGCUCUGUUAUACACUCAGACACAUUACUGGGAGUAUUAAUACUGUGGGGCUCUGUUAUACACUCAGACACAUUACUGGGAGUAUUAUUACUGUGGAGCUCUGUUAUACUCUCAGACACAUUACUGGGAGUAUUAUUGCUGUGGAGCUCUGUUAUACACUCAGACACAUUACUGGAAGUAUUAUUGCUGUGGAGCUCUGUUAUACACUCAGACACAUUACUGGGAGUAUUAUUGCUGUGGAGCUCUGUUAUACACUCAGACACAUUACUGGGAGUAUUAUUGCUGUGGAGCUCUGUUAUACACUCAGACACAUUACUGGGAGUAUUAUUGCUGGAGCUCUGUUAUGCACAGACACAUUACUGGGAGUAUUAUUGCGUGGAGCUCUGUUACACACAUUCAGACACAUUACUGGGAGUAUUAUUGCCGUGGAGCUCUGUUAUACACUCAGACACAUUACUGGGAGUAUUAUUGCUGUGGAGCUCUGUUAUACACACAGACACAUUACUGGGAAUAUUAUUGCUGUGGAGCUCUGUUAUACACUCAGACACAUUACUGGGAGUAUUAUUACUGUGGAGCUCUGUUAUACACUCAGACACAUUACUGGGAGUAUUAUUGCUGUGGAGCUCUGUUAUACACUCAGACACAUUACUGGGAGUAUUAUUACCGUGGGAGCUCUGUUAUACACUCAGACACAUUACUGGGAGUAUUAUUGCUGUGGAGCUCUGUUAUACACUCAGACACAUUACUGGGAGUAUUAUUGCUGUGGAGCUCUGUUAUACACUCAGACACAUUACUGGGAGUAUUAUUGCUGUGGAGCUCUGUUAUACACUCAGACACAUUACUGGGAGUAUUAUUACUGUGGAGCUCUGUUAUACACUCAGACACAUUACUGGGAGUAUUAUUGCUGUGGAGCUCUGUUAUACACUCAGACACAUUACUGGGAGUAUUAUUGCUGUGGAGCUCUGUUAUACACUCAGACACAUUACUGGGAGUAUUAUUGCUGUGGAGCUCUGUUAUACACUCAGACACAUUACUGGGAGUAUUAUUACUGUGGAGCUCUGUUAUACACACACACACAUUACUGGGGGUAUUAUUGCUGUGGGGCUCUGUUAUACACUCAGGCACAUUACCGGGAGUAUUAUUACUGUGGAGCUCUGUUAUGCACUUAGACACAUUACUGGGAGUAUUAUUGCUGUGGAGCUCUGUUAUACACUCAGACACAUUACUGGGAGUAUUAUUGCUGUGGAGCUCUGUUAUACACUCAGACACAUUACUGGGAGUAUUAUUGCUGUGGAGCUCUGUUAUACACUCAGACACAUUACUGGGAGUAUUAUUGCUGUGGAGCUCUGUUAUACACUCAGACACAUUACUGGGAGUAUUAUUGCUGUGGAGCUCUGUUAUACACUCAGACACAUUACUGGGAGUAUUAUUGCUGUGGAGCUCUGUUAUACACUCAGACACAUUACUGGGAGUAUUAUUGCUGUGGAGCUCUGUUAUACACUCAGACACAUUACUGGCAGUAUUAUUGCUGUGGAGCUUUAUUGUACUCUCAGACACAACAACAAUACAGAGCUCCUAGAAAAGAAGUGCAGUAGGAUAUAAAAGAUGGACAGAGGGAUUUGAGCCCAAAAUAGAGACGGUCAUUCCUCAAUAGGGACACUUGGGAGGAAUGCAGCAAGCUAGCCUGAUUGAUCACCUCCCAGUGCUGUGCUCGAUGCACAUAGCCACAUUUUAUCUUGCUGUGCUGGGUACUGGGGUGCUCCGGGUACUAGGGUGCUCUGGGUAUUAGGGUGCUCCUUGUACUAGGGUGCUCUGGGUGCCGGGGUGCUCUCGGUACUAGGGUGCUCCUGGUGCUGGGGUGCUUUGGGUACUAGGGUGCUCCUGGUGCUGGGGUGCUCCGUGUACUGGGGUGCUCCAGGUGCUGGGGUUCUCCGUGUCCUAGGGUGCUCCAUGUACUAGGGUGCUGGGGUUCUCCAUGUCCUAGGGUGCUCCGUGUACUAGGGUGCUGGGGUGCUCUGGGUACUGGGGUGCACCUGGUGCUGGGGUGCUCCGGGUGCUGGGGUUCUCCGUGUCCUAGGGUGCUCCGUGUACUAGGGUGCUGGGGUGCUCUGGGUACUGGGGUGCACCUGGUGCUGGGGUUCUCCGUGUCCUAGGGUGCUCAAUGCACUAGGGUGCUGGGAUGCUCCGGGUGCUGGGGUGCUCUGGGUGCUGGGGUUCUCCGUGUCCUAGGGUGCUCCCUAUGCUGGGGUGCUCUGGAUGCUGGGGUGCUCUGGGUACUAGGGUGCUCCUGGUGCUGGGGUGCUCCGGGUAAUUGGAUGCUCUUGGUGCACUGGGUGCUAGGUCACAUAUUUACUGAGCACUCAGUUCGGUUUGUUUUUCUAGUGAAUAAAGACAUCGGACAGUGACCUCCAGGCCGUCAGAUAAAGCCGCUUUCGGUUUCAGGGGUUCAACAUUUUAAAGAUAACAAUGAGGUCAGCUCAAUCGGUGGAAUUUAUUCACUAAACACUAAAUCAGAAAUCUCAUCUCAAAAUUUUACGCUGAAAUAGUCCAGAAUUGACAAUAGCAGAGCUGGGGCUAUUUUAGACUUAAGUUUCAGGUCACUACAAUUCGCUGUUGAGUGCACAAGCUGCUGAGAGUGACUAUUCCCGCAGGUGACGGGCAUGGCACAGACAGUAGCAGUGGCAAAGUCUCUGUGCCCCAGACUGCCAAUGUCGGGAAAGACAGCCGUGUAUUCAUGUAUGGCCGCUGUAUGGAAAUUUCUGGGUACACUCAGAAGCAUCAUACUCCUGUUUUCUUGGUUCCCCCAUUUCUGCUUCAAAAUCCCAUAUUAGUCUGUGAAAUGGUUUUGAUUGAGUUAUGAAAUAUCUAAUUUGUUGUCAUGGGAUGAUGGGUGUUGUAGUCAGAUGAUGUACAAAGCCAACUAACAGUAGGAUGCUGGGUGGGGCAUUGCCAGCGUUGGGCACAGAGUCUCCUCUACCAGUUGACAUUCCAGAGUGUCCACUAGGCAUUGGGUGUCUACAAUUCCCUGUUACACCCACAGCAGACCUACCUUAUUAUACGACAGACUGCCAUACUAUACUAUACAGAGACUGCUAACUAUACAGAGAGAGACUGCCGUACUAUACAGAGAGCACAGAGACUGCCGUACUAUACAGAGCCUAUACAGAGACUGCCGUACUAUACAGAGAGCACAGAGACUGCUGUACUAUACAGAGACUGCCGUGCUAUACGGAGACUGCCGUACUGUACAGAGAGCACAGAGACUGCCGUACUGUACAGAGACUGCCAUACUAUACAGAGGCUGCCGUACUAUACAGAGAGCACAGAGCCUGCCGUACUAUACAGAGACUGCUAAUUAUACAUAGACUGCCGCACUAUACAAAGACUGCCGUACUGUACAGACUGCUAACUAUACAGAGAGCACAGAGACUGCCGUACUAUACAGAGACUGCCGUACUAUGCAGAGAGCACAGAGACUGCCGUACUAUACAGAGACUGCUAAUUAUACAAAGACUGCCGUACUGUACAGAGACUGCUAACUAUACAGAGAGCACAGAGAUUGCCGUACUAUACAGAGAUUGCCGUACUAUGCAGAGACUGCUGUACUAUGCAGAGAGCACAGAGACUGACGUACUAUACAGAGACUGCUAAUUAUACAAAGACUGCCGUACUAUACAAAGACUGCCGUACUGUACAGAGACUGCUAACUAUACAGAGAGCACAGAGAUUGCCGUACUAUACAGAGAUUGCCGUACUAUGCAGAGACUGCUGUACUAUGCAGAGAGCACAGAGACUGACGUACUAUACAGAGACUGCUAAUUAUACAAAGACUGCCGUACUAUACAAAGACUGCCGUACUGUACAGAGACUGCUAACUAUACAGAGAGCACAGAGAUUGCCGUACUAUACAGAGAUUGCCGUACUAUACAGAGACUGCCGUACUAUACAGAGAGCACAGAGACUGCCGUACUAUACAGAGACUGCCGUACUAUACAGAGAGCACAGAGACUGCCGUACUAUACAGAGACUGCCGUACUAUAGAGAGCACAGAGACUGCCAUACUAUACAGAGGGCACAGAGACUGCCGUACUAUACAGAGACUGCCAUACUAUACAGAGACUGCUAAUUAUACAUAGACUGCCGUACUAUACAAAGACUGCCGUACUAUACAAAGACUGCCGUACUGUACAGACUGCUAACUAUACAGAGAGCACAGAGACUGCCGUACUAUGCAGAGAGCACAGAGAUUGCCGUACUAUACGUAGACUACCGUACUAUACAGAGACUGCCGUACUAUACAGAGAGCACAGAGACUGCCGUACUAUACAGAGACUGCCAUACUAUACAGAGGGCACAGAGAAUAACUUAGGUCGGGAUUGUAUAUUGGAUUUAGUAGUGGGGUACAGGAUAUCCAUCCUAUGGAUCACCAAGUAUGUGUGUAUUUACAUGUUUAUGAAAGACACAGAAGGGGGUAAACGAGAUUAAGAGAGACACAGAGGGGGGUAAACAGGAUUAGGAGAGACACAGAAGCGGGUGUGGGAUUAGGAGAGACACAGAAGCGGGUGUGGGAUUAGGAGAGGCACAGAAUGGGGUAUGCGGGAUUAGGAGAGGCACAGAAUGGGGUAUGCGGGAUUAGGAGAGGCACAGAAGGGGGUAUGCGGGAUUAGGAGAGGCACAGAAGGGGGUAUGUGGGAUUAGGAGAGACACAGAAGGGGGUAUGCGGGAUUAGGAGAGACACAGAAGGGGGUAUGCGGGAUUAGGAGAGACACAGAAGGGGGUAUGCGGGAUUAGGAGAGACACAGAAGGGGGUAAGCGGGAUUAGGAGAGACACAGAAGGGGGUAUGCGGGAUUAGGAGAGGCACAGAAGGGGGUAUGCGGGAUUAGGAGAGACAUAGAAGGGGGUAUGCGGGAUUAGGAGAGAUACAGGAGGGGAUAAACAGGAUUAGGAUAGACACAGUAGGGGUAAACGGGAUUAGGAGAGACAGAAGGGGUAAACGGGAUUAGGAGAAACACAAAAGGGGGUAAACGAGAUUAGGAGAGACAGAAGGGGUAAGCGGGAUUAUAAAAGACACAGAAGGGGGUAAUCAGGAUUAGGAGAGACAAAGAAGGGGGUAAGCAGGAUUAGGAGAGACACAGAAGGGGGUAAACGGGAUUAGGAGAGACAGAAAGCGGGAUUAGGAGAGACACAGAAGGGGGUAAGUGAGAUUAGGAGAGACACAGAAGGGGGUAAGUGAGAUUAGGAGAGACACAGAAGGGGGUAAACGGGAUUAGGAGAGACCGAAGGUGUAAACAGGAUUAGGAGAGACACAGGAGGGGGUAAGUGAGAUUAGGAGAGACACAGGAGGGGGUAAACGGGAUUAGGAAAGACAAAGAAGGGGGUAAAUGGGAUUAGGAGAGAAAGAAGGGGGUAAGUGGGAUUAGGAGAGACAGAAGGGUAAUGCUUUGAGAUUUAUUUAAAAGUAAUGGUAACGUGUAAACAUGAUAACAGUCCAUAUAUUUAUAUAAGAUUUCAGAAUGCGAGGCACAAACCGUGAUUCACACUUAUAUUAUUAUAAAAUGCAGCUCAGAAACAUUACAUAAAAUAUUACCAUUCAGUUUUUAUGUUCUACAAAAUAUCACAUGCACUUUGCUCCAUACUGGCACAUACUGAUCUUGUGGGCUUACAUUCAAACGGUAGGUGCAGGCGAUAGACAUGUGGUGAGAUGGCUGCGUGAUAGGUGUCUAUGUGAGACCUAGAGAGACAGCUAUAAUACAAACACCUAACACAUGGCAGAGAGACACAACUAUCACGUAGACAGUUACCAGGCAGCUGAGAUACGGAGUUAUUAAUGUCAAGCCGGAGAUUGGCUGAGAAUAGGAUCCAUAUAUUCCUGCCCCAAACACUCAAAUUCACACGUGUCCCCUGCCUGUCGGAUGGACCAGAACUACGUCAUAACAUGUAAUUAGAUAUUAGGAUAGACAGCACCUCCCAUAUUGUAUGAUGGCAUUCCAUGUAUUACAUAUUCGGAUUAUCAUCAACUACUGACAUUAUUAUAAAAUAUCUCACCGCCAGCCGUGUGUAACCGAUUGCGGUUAUUAGUAUCACUGCUUGCCUGAGCCUGUCUCCACAACACCACUACACUCUGUGCCCGAGCCUGUCUCCACAACACCACUACCCUCAGUGCCCGAGCCUGUCUCCACAACACCACUACACUCGGUGCCUGAGCCUGUCUCCACAACACCACUACACUCUGUGCCUGUCUCCACAACACCACUACACUCUGUGCCUGAGCCUGUCUCCACAACACCACUACACUCGGUGCCUGAGCCUGUCUCCACAACACCACUACACUCGGUGCCUGAGCCUGUCUCCACAACACCACUACACUCGGUGCCCGAGCCUGUCUCCACAACACCACUACACUCGGUGCCUGAGCCUGUCUCCACAACACCCCUACACUCUGUGCCUGAGCCUGUCUCCACAACACCACUACACUCUGUGCCUGAGCCUGUCUCCACAACACCACUACACUCUGUGCCUGAGCCUGUCUCCACAACACCCCUACACACUGUGCCUGAGCCUGUCUCCACAACACCCCUACACUCUGUGCCUGAGCCUGUCUCCACAACACUCUUCUACACACUGUGCCUGAGCCUGUCUCCACAACACCCCUACACUCUGUGCCUUCCGAGCCUACAACACCACUCACACUUCACGCCCUAGGGACCUCGCCUAUAGAGUUUAUAAAUCGGUUUAUACCGGGCGCUUAUAUGCGGAGCGCCCGCCUGAGUUUAUAAAUCUGUUUUAUACCGGGCGCUUAUAUGCGGGGAGCUCCGGCUUCUGCGAGCUAUAAAUCGGUUUAUACCGGGCGCUAUAUGCGGAGAGCUCCGUCUAUAGAGUUUAUAAAUCUAUUUAUACCGGGCGCUAUAUGCGGGAAGCUCCGUCUAUAGAGUUUAUAAAUCGGUUUAUACCGGGCGCUAUAUGCGGGGAGCUCCGUCUAUAGAGUUUAUAAAUCGGUUUAUACCGGGCGCUAUAUGCGGAGCGCUCCGUCUAUAGAGUUUAUAAAUCGGUUUAUACCGGGCGCUAUAUGCGGGGAGCUCCGUCUAUAGAGUUUAUAAAUCGGUUUAAACCGGGCGCUAUAUGCGGAGCGCUCCGUCUAUAGAGUUUAUAAAUCGGUUUAUACCGGGCGCUAUAUGCGGGAAGCUCCGUCUAUAGAGUUUAUAAAUCGGUUUAAACCGGGCGCUAUAUGCGGGAAGCUCCGUCUAUAGAGUUUAUAAAUCGGUUUAUACCGGGCGCUAUAUGCGGGAAGCUCCGUCUAUAGAGUUUAUAAAUCUAUUUAUACCGGGCGCUAUAUGCGGGAAGCUCCGUCUAUAGAGUUUAUAAAUCGGUUUAUACCGGGCGCUAUAUGCGGGGAGCUCCGUCUAUAGAGUUUAUAAAUCUAUUUAUACCGGGCGCUAUAUGCGGGAAGCUCCGUCUAUAGAGUUUAUAAAUCGGUUUAUACCGGGCGCUAUAUGCGGGGAGCUCCGUCUAUAGAGUUUAUAAAUCGGUUUAUACCGGGCGCUAUAUGCGGAGCGCUCCGUCUAUAGAGUUUAUAAAUCGGUUUAUACCGGGCGCUAUAUGCGGGGAGCUCCGUCUAUAGAGUUUAUAAAUCGGUUUAUACCGGGCGCUAUAUGCGGGAAGCUCCGUCUAUAGAGUUUAUAAAUCGGUUUAUACCGGGCGCUAUAUGCGGAGCGCUCCGUCUAUAGAGUUUAUAAAUCGGUUUAUACCGGGCGCUAUAUGCGGGGAGCUCCGUCUAUAGAGUUUAUAAAUCGGUUUAUACCGGGCGCUAUAUGCGGGGAGCUCCGUCUAUAGAGUUUAUAAAUCGGUUUAUACCGGGCGCUAUAUGCGGGAAGCUCCGUCUAUAGAGUUUAUAAAUCGGUUUAUACCGGGCGCUAUAUGCGGAGCGCUCCGUCUAUAGAGUUUAUAAAUCGGUUUAUACCGGGCGCUAUAUGCGGAGCGCUCCGUCUAUAGAGUUUAUAAAUCGGUUUAUACCGGGCGCUAUAUGCGGGGAGCUCCGUCUAUAGAGUUUAUAAAUCGGUUUAUACCGGGCGCUAUAUGCGGGAAGCUCCGUCUAUAAAUCUAUUUAUACUGGGUGAUUUAAAGCUUUUCUGCUUUAUAAUUCACUGUGAAAUUUUUGAGGAAGAGGCUGUUAAAUUCUUAAAACUAUGUGCAGGGUGGGAGUGAGGAGUGUCGUGAAACAGGGCGGGAGUCUCAGCGCAGUGAUACAUUCCAGGCAAAGGCUAGACAAUGCCAGCAGGUUAUGGGUGAAACUUUGGGAUGUUUUAGAAGUCGACGUUCUUAGUGAAAGUUUUCUUUACACAUUUAAUGGAGGUUGCUGCCAUUUAUAGUCAAACUAACUGGGUAACGAGGUAAUGGGCCCCAUCUAUAGUGUAGUAUUCUGUCCCCAGUGUGUUGCAUACAGGGUCUGCUUGCUUAUCCUGUUGAUUAAAUCAUAACUGGUGAGUUUUGUUUUGUUUGACGUUGUGCUCAGUAAGUGAAUUCCCUGGAAUAGCUGAUAUAUCAGUUCGGGACCCUGAUCGCAUCACACCCAGGGGCCGGUCCCGGAGAGUAUUUGCACUCACAGGUCCCAGCUUGCUCCAUCCGUUACCGAAAUAUAUCAUUGGCAUAGCUGAGCAGGGUGAGGCGUCUCAGAGGGAGAUGACGGUGAUUACCUAAUUCCCACUGACAAUCUACUAUUGAUAUAUCUGGGCAGCGAUGACGUACUGCACUGUUCAUGGAAUUAAUUAACCCACUCCAUGUCAUUAUUUGCCUUUGGGUACGAGAGUGGAAUAUGACAGCGCUGUAUAAAGAUACUUCCUCGAUUACACCAUUACUGGGCACAGCAGCGAUUGCGCCGCUGUGUAUUGUACGGGGCGCAGCAACCAUAAACCAAGCAACCGAUAAAACAAUGUAAAAACAAAAUUCUCAAAUAACUGGCUGCAACGGUGGGUUAGAAGGGAUGGAAAUAAGCGUUAUAUCUUCAGAGAAUUCAUCUGAUUAGAGCUGGGUUCUAGCAGGUUGCUUUCUGCCCUCAAACCUGCUGUUAGUUCAAUACAGAUAGAUAUUUACCAGCAGCACCUCGCAGCAGCAGUUUGGGAAAAAGGAUCCAAUCACUGACACUGUUACCAUUCAUAUCAAUACAGUAUUUGUCAAAACAUCGCACGUCUUGUCUGAUGGACAAAAAACAUCAUUUACAGAUUGAUAAUUCAGAGAGGUGAGAAAUGUCUAUCUGUAGGGCGAGCAAUAUUUAGGGGCCAACUGCAUUCAACCGUUUUGGAAAAUGACCCUAUGGGCCGUAGGGUCCGGCAAACUGUGUAACACAGAGUGUGUAGUAGAACAUGCCUUUUAUUCUACCUGCAUGUCUCUUGUUUUUUGCAUUUCCGUAUGUGUGCUUGUCUAUGUUUCAAUAUGUCUCUGUUUGUCUGUUUUUUUUUUUGUGUGUGUUUUCCUGUGUUUCUGUGUGUCUGUGUUUUUUUAUGUGUUUGCAUCUUUCUAUGUAUUUUUAUAUGUCUGUGUUUUUCUAUAUGUUUCUAUGUGUGUCUGAUUAUUUUUUUUUUGUGUUCUCUGUUUUUUUUUACAUCUUUAAAUUGUAAUUUUAAAAUUUAGACUAAACUAGCCAAUCUCUGACAAUAGUUGAGUUGAUUUUCUUUUCCAACUCAGUGUUUAGUGAGUAAACCUCUUUGUGUGUCUAAUGUGCUUUUCUGUGUGUGUGUGUGUGUGUGUGUGCGUGUGCGUGUGCGUGUGCGUGUGCGUGUGUGUGUGGCUGUUUAUCCCCUUCUUGACCAUCAAAAUGGGGGCCCACAAUUAGUACCCUGCCUAUGGCCUGUUAAGAGAUAAUCUGGAUCUGGACUUAACCAGUAGUCUUCUUCCGACCCUUCUCACCACUCCUUCAGCGUCUCUUUCUCUGGUUCCUCUUCUCCUCCUAUACCUCUUUCUGUUUGAGUUUCUCAGAGCUUUGUAUUGCGACGUCUUCUCAAUUUAGACGGUCUCUCUUGGUGACCUGAUAGCUUCCUAUGGCUUUCAGGAUCACCUAUUUGCUGACGAUACCCACAUCUACCUGUCCACACUCGAUCUCUCCUGACUAUUCUCUGAUUCGGACUCGAUGACUUCUUGAUUCCAAAAACUCAUCCUCUCCAAGACCGAACUAUUUGUCUUUCCUCCUUCUAAUGCUGCGUCUGUCAGUAUGACAUAUUACUCUGACAGGACACCAGGAUGGUAGUAGUGAGCAGGGGCCUGUAGUGGUUGUGGUGUUUGGUGUGUUUCUUUAAAAAAUAUUCACCUUACAUUAUAUAAAAAUAAUAACAGAGAAAGUACUCCCAGGUGAAGGCUCUAAACAAACAAAUAGCUGUACAGUCUGUCUCUGGCUUCCUAAUCCAUUUAGAAUACGGUUUAAAAUUCUCGUGCUUACUUACAAAGUUCACUUUAACCGACCCCAGCCCACAUCUCCUCACUCAUUACGAGAUAUGCUAACCCGGCCUGGUCGCUCCACCAACAACCUGUUACUGUCCCGUUUCCACAUCCACACCCCAGACUAUCGCCAGCAGGACUUAUCUAUGGAUUUAUAUAGUGUAUAAACAGAGCGAGCCCUGCUUCUAUCUAUCUAUGGAUUUAUAUAGUGUAUAAACAGAGCGAGUCCUGCUAUCUAUCUAUGGAUUUAUAUAGUGUAUAAACAGAGCGAGCCCUGCUUCUAUCUAUGGAUUUAUAUAGUGUAUAAACAGAGCGAGCCCUGCUUCUAUCUAUCUAUGGAUUUAUAUAGUGUAUAAACAGAGCGAGCCCUGCUUCUAUCUAUCUAUGGAUUUAUAUAGUGUAUAAACAGAGCGAGCCCUGCUUCUAUCUAUCUAUGGAUUUAUAUAGUGUAUAAACAGAGCGAGCCCUGCUUCUAUCUAUGGAUUUAUAUAGUGUAUAAACAGAGCGAGCCCUGCUUCUAUAUCUAUGGAUUUAUAUAGUGUAUAAACAGAGCGAGCCCUGCUUCUAUCUAUGGAUUUAUAUAGUGUAUAAACAGAGCGAGCCCUGCUUCUAUCUAUGGAUUUAUAUAGUGUAUAAACAGAGCGAGUCCUGCUUCUAUCUAUAUAUGGAUUUAUAUAGUGUGUAAAACAGAGCUGCUCCUGCUUCUAUCUAUCUAUGGAUUUAUAUAGUGUAUAAACAGAGUUUGUGCCCUCGUUUCUAUCUAUAUCUAUGAUUUAUAUAGUGUAUAAACAGAGUUUAGCCCUCGUUUAUCUAUCAUCUAUGGAUUGUAUAUAGUGUAUAAAACAGAGCUUAGCCCGCUUCUAUCUAUCUAUGGAUUUAUAUAGUGUAUAAACAGAGCGAGCCCUGCUUCUAUCUAUCUAUGGAUUUAUAUAGUGUAUAAACAGAGCGAGCCCUGUUUCUAUCUAUCUAUGGAUUUAUAUAGUGUAUAAACAGAGCGAGCCCUGUUUCUAUCUAUCUAUGGAUUUAUAUAGUGUAUAAACAGAGCGAGCCCUGCUUCUCUCUAUCUAUGGAUUUAUAUAGUGUAUACACAGAGCGAGCCCUGCUUCUAUCUAUCUAUGGAUUUAUAUAGUGUAUAAACAGAGCGAGCCCUGCUUCUAUCUAUCUAUGGAUUUAUAUAGUGUAUAAACAGAGCGAGCCCUGCUUCUAUCUAUCCAUUGAUUUAUAUAGUGUAUAAACAGAGCGAGCCCUGCUUCUAUCUAUGGAUUUAUAUAUAGUGUAUAAACAGAGCGAGCCCUGCUUCUAUCUAUGGAUUUAUAUAUAGUGUAUAAACAGAGCGAGCCCUGCUUCUAUCUAUCUAUCUAUGGAUUUAUAUAGUGUAUAAACAGAGCGAAAUGUGUUUCUAUCUAUCAUCCAUUGAUUUAUAUAGUGUAUAACAGAAAUGAGCCCUGCUUCUAUCUAUAUGGAUUUAUAUAUAGUGGCAAACAGAGCGAAAGUCCUGCUUCUAUCUAUCUGCUAUGGAUUUAUAUAGUGUAUAAACAGAGCGUAGUCCUUGCUUCUAUCUAUCUAUGGAUUUAUAUAGUGUAUAAACAGAGCGAGCCCUGUUUCUAUCUAUCUAUGGAUUUAUAUAGUGUAUAAACAGAGCGAGCCCUGCUUCUAUCUAUCUAUGGAUUUAUAUAGUGUAUAAACAGAGCGAGCCCUGCUUCUAUCUAUCUAUGGAUUUAUAUAGUGUAUAAACAGAGCGAGCUCUGCUUCCAUCUAUCUAUGGAUUUAUAUAGUGUAUAAACAGAGCGAGUCCUGCUUCUAUCUAUCUAUGGAUUUAUAUAGUGUAUAAACAGAGCGAGUCCUGCUUCUAUCUAUCCAUGGCUUUAUAUAGUGUAUAAACAGAGCGAGCCCUGCUUCUAUCUAUGGAUUUAUAUAGUGUAUAAACAGAGCGAGCCCUGCUUCUAUCUAUCUAUAUGGAUUUAUAUAGUGUAUAAACAGAGCGAGCCCUGCUUCUAUCUAUCUAUGGAUUUAUAUAGUGUAUAAACAGAGCGAGCCCUGCUUCUAUCUAUCUAUGGAUUUAUAUAGUGUAUAAACAGAGCUAGUCCUGCUUCUAUCUAUCUAUGGAUUUAUAUAGUGUAUAAACAAAGCGAGCCCUGCUUCUAUCUAUGGAUUUAUAUAGUGUAUAAACAAAGCGAGCCCUGCUUCUAUCUAUGGAUUUAUAUAGUAAACAGAGCCAGCCCCGCCUCCCCAUCUAUCUAUGGAGCUCUAUAUAGUGUAUAAACAGAGCUUGAAAGCCCCAAGCUCUCUAUCUAUCUAUGGAUUUAUAGUGUAUAAAACAGAGCUUGAAAUCCUGCUUCUAUCUAUCAUCUAUGGAUUUAUAUAGUGUAUAAACAGAGUCAAGUCCUGCCAUCUAUCUAUGGAUUUAAGUGUAUAUAGUGCAUAAACAGAGCGAGUCCUGCUUCUAUCUAUGGAUUUAUAUAGUGUAUAAACAGUGCGAGCCCUGCUUCUAUCUAUCUAUGGAUUUAUAUAGUGUAUAAACAGAGCGAGCCCUGCUUCUAUCUAUCUAUGGAUUUAUAUAGUGUAUAAACAGAGCGAGCCCUGCUUCUAUCUAUCUAUGGAUUUAUAUAGUGUAUAAACAGAGCGAGCCCUGCUUCUAUCUAUCUAUGGAUUUAUAUAGUGUAUAAACAGAGCGAGUCCUGCUUCUAUCUAUGGAUUUAUAUAGUGUAUAAACAGAGCGAGCCCUGCUUCUAUCUAUCUAUGGAUUUAUAUAGUGUAUAAACAGAGCGAGCCCUGCUUCUAUCUAUCUAUGGAUUUAUAUAGUGUAUAAACAGAGCGAGCCCUGAUUCUAUCUAUCUAUGGAUUUAUAUAGUGUAUAAACAGAGCGAGCCCUGCUUCUAUCUAUGGAUUUAUAUAGUGUAUAAACAGAGCGAGUCCUGCUUCUAUCUAUGGAUUUAUAUAGUGUAUAAACAGUGCGAGCCCUGCUUCUAUCUAUGGAUUUAUAUAGUGUAUAAACAGAGCGAGCCCUGCUUCUAUCUAUCUAUGGAUUUAUAUAGUGUAUAAACAGAGCGAGCCCUGCUUCUAUCUAUCUAUGGAUUUAUAUAGUGUAUAAACAGAGCGAGCCCUGCUUCUAUCUAUCUAUGGAUUUAUAUAGUGUAUAAACAGGGCGAGCCCUGCUUCUAUCUAACUAUGGAUUUAUAUUGUGUAUAAACAGAGCGAGUCCUGCUUCUAUCUAACUAUGGAUUUAUAUAGUGUAUAAACAGAGCGAGCCCUGCUUCUAUCUAUCUAUGGAUUUAUAUAGUGUAUAAACAGAGCGAGCCCUGCUUCUAUCUAUCUAUGGAUUUAUAUAGUGUAUAAACAGAGCGAGCUCUGCUUCUAUCUAUAGAUUUAUAUAGUGUAUAAACAGAGCGAGCUCUGCUUCUAUCUAUGGAUUUAUAUAAUGUAUAAACAGAGAAAUAAAAAUACACACAGAUAGGCAUUAUUAUAUGUAAUAUUUUAUAUGCAAUGAUAAUACGGAAUGGUGGCAGUUUCUCAUUAAGACAAUCCCGUCCUAUUAGGAAGUAUAGCUGAGGAGUUGUGAGAAGAGGAGCUCAGUGAAGGGGUUAUGGUGUUUGUAGUCUGAAUGUUAAUGCAAAUAACGAAUAUAAAUGAAUGUGCCUCCCAAGUCCUCCUCUGAGCUUCUCUUCUGGGAUGUCCCCUCCACCUCCAGUAAGGGAGACUAACUUUACUGAAGGCAGCGUGGUGUUAGAGCUACGUUUUUGCUUUAUGUCUUUAUUGUUUUUUCUAUGGCAGGGUGGGGCCAUGCCAGCAAAGGUUACGUCAACCAAAAAGAUUAUUUUUUUUCUAAAACACAGGUUUUUUUGGUAGGAGUAACCCUUUAAUAUAAAAGGGUCAAACCGCACUUGCUAAUGGAGGGUUCUUAUGUUCUAAUAAGCUGUGCAGGUAGUCCUCGUUCGGUUACCGAAGGGCAUUCCUUCACACGAUUUGACCCUUUUAUAUCACUAUUGGUUGUUUUCAUACUCCUUUUAUGCCACAUCUGCAUCACUGAGCUGCUACUUCCCACGUUACGACUUCCAUACUGUGCAUCUGGAUCCUGACACUUCAUGGAAAAUAUCCACAGGCGGGGAUCAUACCGCCUAUGCACUAACAUUUGGAGCUGAUCAGAAGCUCCAAAAAACUAAGUGCAUUUCUAUAUUUUCUUCACCAAGUAGAAGUACCUACUACACUAUAUUGUGUCUCCUGCUCUCCUACAUGCACUGAGCACCAUCUGGAUCAGAAGACACUCACAAGGCGCUGCAACCCUCUUUCUUCAUCUAGCAAUGUAAACACUGCCUGUUCUAAAAAAGCAGUGUUUACAUUGAGAAGCGUGCAGGGACAGCAUUUAGACACCAGAACAACUGCAUUAAGCAGUUCUAGUAGUUCUAGUGACAAUAGUGUCCCUUUAAUAAUUUUAUUUUUUCAGUUUAGUAAAAGAAACUGGCUCCGGAAUUUCAAACAAAUUUGUCAAGCCCUGUAUUAUUAUGUUGCUGAGAGUUCUUGACGUGGAGCAAUCAGCAGAGACAUUCCAUUAGUGUUAUGGUGACUGCUACACUUUGUAUUAUUUAGAAUAUACUCCCAUUGCUACCACAUUCAGAUGUAACAGUGAUUUUCUCUUCUGUUUGCAGGAUUUGUUAAUCCAUUGAUGAAGAAGAGAGCUGACCAAACCAGCAUAUCAACUGAACAUCUAUUCUUCUCCGCCCACCCAUCAAAUAACCAAGACCAUGGAGCACCACCGCCAUCACGAAGACAAAAACAAAGAUGUGCACAAAACGAACACAAUGGAAUCAAACGUUUUCCAAACCCAUGAAACCUCACAUGGAAUUGCAUCUGGAAACCAUCACAUGGCUUUACCAGGAAUUGCAUCUGGAAACCAUCACAUGGCUUUACCUGGAAUUGCAUCUGGGAAUCAUCAUGAAAACGUGCACGGAAUCACAUUUGGGAGCCAUCAUGAGACCUCACAGGUUAUCAAACUCAGCAGCCACCAUGAAUCCAAACAGGUCAUCAGAACCAGUAGCCACCAUGAGACUUCGCAUGUUCAACAUUCUUCCAGCCACCAGUCCUCACAUGGAUUCAGAUCUGAAACCCACCAUGACUCCACAAAAGGUAUCGAAUGUGGAAUCCAUGCUGAGUCCUCACAAAUUGUUCAAGGUAUCGAAUGUGGAAUCCAUGCUGAUUCCUCACAAAUUGUUCAAGGUAUCGAAUGUGGAAUCCAUGCUCAGUCCUCACCCAUUGUCCAAGCUAACAAAGUCUUGUCUAGUAUUGCUGGAUUUUUAGUGGAGCACACAAAGGAAAAAAUUGGCAUCUAUCAAGCUCUGCUCAAGAAGCUGGUGUCAGAAGAAGUGGCCUGCGCACUGCUGGAAGCCCAAGCGGCCACUGGUAAUAUCAUUGACCUAUUGACAAAUGAAAAAGUUUCUGUUGAAGCAGCAAUUCAGCAUGGAAUUGUUGGUCCUGAGUUCCAAGAAAAACUAAUCUCUGCAGGCAAAGCAGUAACUGGCUAUGCACUAAAAAAUGAGACUCUGUCUCUUUUCCAGGCAUUCAAGAAGGGUCUCAUUGGUAAAAAUUAUGCAAUUCGCUUCUUGGAAGCUCAAAUAGCAACCGGGGGUAUUAUUGACCAUGCAAGUGGUAACCGGGUGCAUUUGCAAGAGGCCACCAAGCUGAACAAAAUAGAUGAAGAUAUGCUCACAAUUCUCUCAGGAAAAAGUGAAUCUGCCAAGUGCUACCUUGACCCUAACACAGCAGAGGCCUCAACGUAUCAAGAUUUAUUGGCUGGUUGCAUCACAGAUCAAGACACUGGAUUACCACUGCUUCCUCUAGAAAACAGAUUUCAGGGAUUGAGGAAGCAGAUAACAGCAGCACAACUGUUCAAAGCCAAAAUUAUAAAUCAAGCUCUAUACAAUGAUAUCAAACAAGGGAAGCAGACCUUAGAGAUGGUGGGUGAACUGCAAGAAGUCAAACCAUAUCUGUGCAGCUUGGGUAUUAUCGGUGGGAUUUAUAUAGAAUGCACCAAGGAGAAGCUAAGUCUCUAUGAAGCAAUGAAAAAAAAUCUUCUUGGGUCAGAUUUAGUUGUUUCCCUCCUGGAAGCUCAAGCUGCUUCUGGUUUUAUCACAGACCCCAUAAGAAAUAAAACUUUCUCUGUCACAGAAGCCAUUCAGGAAGGACUGGUAGGACUGGAACUCAAAGAGAAGUUACUGAAAGCUGAACGAGCAGUUACUGGGUUCAAUGACCCCUACACUGGAAGGCUGAUCCCCCUCUUUGAAGCUAUGAAUAAAGAGCUUAUUGACAAGAGUCAAGGUACAAAGUUUCUUGAAGUUCAGUUGGCUACCGGAGGCAUAAUUGAUCCAAUACACAGUUUCCAUGUUCCAGUGGAGGUUGCUUAUUCUCGAGGUUUGUUUGAUGAGGAGAUGGCUCAACUAAUAUCUGACACGGUGAAGAAUCCAAAGGGGUUUGUGGAUCCAAACACAAAUGACAGAGUCAGUUAUCAGGAUCUCAGGACAAGAUGCACCAUUGAUGCCGAUACAAAUCUCUACCUGCUCCCUUUAAAAGUCACUUUCCAAGGCCUAAGGGGUUCAGCUACAGGUAAAGACUUGCUCGAGUCAUUAAUCAUUGAUAAGGAAACUUAUGAAAACUUACAACAGGGAAAGAUUUCAGCACAUGACGUCGCUCAACAGGAGACGUUGAAAGGGUACCUACAUGGGACUGGGUGUAUUGCCGGAGUGGCUGUGGUUUCCACCAAUGAGAGAAGAAGCAUUUACGAAGCAAUGAAAGAACACUUACUCAUGCCAGGCACUGCCAUUGCAUUGCUAGAAGCCCAGGCUGCCACUGGAUUUUUGCUGGAUCCAGUGAAGAAUUUGAAACUCUCCGUGACUGAUGCCAUAAAAAGUGGAUUGGUUGGACCUGAGUUGCAUGAAAAGCUACUUUCCGCUGAAAAAGCUGCUACAGGAUUUUUGGAUCCUUAUACUGGGAAUAUUCUUCCACUCCUCCAUGCUGUGCAAAAGGGUUUAAUUUUGAAAGACCAUGGUCUCCAUCUUCUAGAAGCUCAGGUCGCAACUGGCGGUGUCAUUGAUCCAGUAAGGAAACAUCGCAUGCCAUACAAUGUGGCUCAUGCCCGUGGAUAUCUUGAUGAUGAGGUCAUCAAGAGCUUAGGCAGACCAACAAGUGAUAUUAAAGGAUUCUUUGACCCCAAUUCAAAAGAAAAUGUUACCUAUGAACAGUUGCUGGAGAGAUGCCUUGUUGACAUCCAAACAGGGCUCUACCUCAUUCCAGUAUUUGAUAAUACUCAAGAUGCACUUAAAACACCUCAUUCAUUCAUAGAUUGCCAGACCAAAAAGGCUUUGAAAUCUACCAAAUUAACAGUAACCUUGGGGAAAUACAAAGGACAAGAAAUCUCUCUGUGGGAUCUGCUUUUCUCUGAAUAUUUUACAAUCGAGCAGAGGGAGUCUUUGAUUAAGCUCUAUAAAUCAGGUGGCCAUACACUAGAAGAACUAUCUACCAAGGUUAACAAGGCCAUAACUGACCUAGUGUCUACUACUAAGGUCACAUUCAGAGGACUAAGAGAAUCUGUUACUCCUGGUCAACUGCUGGACUCUGAAAUCAUUGACAAGGAUUUGUUUGAAAAGCUUGAGCAUGGUGAAACCUCAGCGAAAGAGGUGGUGAAUAUUGACACAGUAAAGAAAUAUCUUGAUGGAACAGGUGGCAUCAGUGGAUUGAUUCUUACAGAUACCCAAGAAAAAAUAAGCAUUUACCAAGCAAAACGGAAAGGCAUUUUAAGGCCUGGGACCUCACUGAUACUUCUGGAAGCCCAAGCAGCAACAGGUUUCAUUAUUGAUCCCGUAGAGAACAAGAAAUAUUCAGUUGACGAGGCUCUGAAGGCCAAUGUAAUUGGGUCAGAUUUCUAUGAGAAGCUGCUAUCUGCAGAAAAAGCAGUAACUGGUUACAACGAUCCAUACACAGGGGAUGUUAUCUCUCUGUUCCAGGCCAUGAACAAGGGAUUAAUUGUGGAAGAACAUGGAAUUCGGCUUUUAGAAGCACAGAUUGCUACAGGAGGUAUCAUUGACCCGAAAAAUAGCCACAGAAUCCCUGUAGAAGUUGCUUAUAAACGGGGAUAUUUUGAUAAAAAAAUGAACAUAAUCCUUUCAGAUCCAAGUGAUGACACUAAAGGCUUCUUUGACCCAAACACCCAUGAAAAUCUCACUUAUUUGCAGCUGAAAGAAAGGUGCAUUCAUGAGUCAUCGACAAAUCUCUGCCUCCUUCCACUGCAAAGCAAGAAGCUACAGUUUAGCAUUAACAAUUACAUCAAAGAGUCUUUUGGAAACCUAGAGAUUUUCGUGAAAUAUGGAAGACUCAGGGGACGAACCGUUUCAGCCUGGGUUCUAAUUAACUCAGAGUAUUUUGCUGAAUGGAAAAGGAGAGAACUCAUAGAAAAGUUCCGACUGAGGAAGGUUACACUGGAACAAAUUACCACUUUAAUUGAAGAGGAAAUGCAGAAAUGGACUGAUAUACGUUUCCCUGCACUUAGAAAACAGGUCAGCUUGUACCAGCUUCUAGAGUAUGAGAUCAUCGAUAAAGAGCUGUUUGAACAGGUUUUGCAUGGAAAAUUAUCCGCAGAGGAUCUACUGAAAAUGGAGAGGGUCCAGAAAUACUUGCAUGGAUCUGGAGUCCUUGGUGGUGUAAUAAUUCAACCAUCUAAACAGAGAAUUGACUUUUAUGAGGCAGUGAAGAGGAACAUCCUGCUCCCUAGCACAGUCCUACCAUUACUUGAGGCCCAGGCCGCUACAGGACAUCUGAUUAAUCCAGCAAACAACCAGAAGCUUUCCGUAGAUGAGUCCCUGAAAGUAGGCAUCAUUGAACCUAAGAUUUAUGAUAGGCUUCUCUCUGCAGAAGAGGCUGUGACAGGAUAUAGAGACCCAUACACAGGAAAAAAAAUAUCACUAUUCCAAGCAAUGCGAAAAGGUCUACUAGAUGAAAAACGCACCAUGCAGCUUUUAGAAGCACAGUUUGCCACUGGUGGAAUAAUUGAUCCAAUUAACAGCCUUCAUCUCCCAGAGUCUGUAGCCAAAAAACAUGGAUACCUGAAUGAAGAAGUACAUAACAGUCUAUCCAACCCCACUGGGGUCACGAAAGCCUACUAUGAUCCCACCAUCAAACAAAUGGUGACGUAUGCAGAGUUGUUAAGCCGCGCGGUGAAGGAUGAAGAUACUGGCAUUUAUUUUUUCCCUUUGCCUCAAGAUUUCAUUGAAGUUCCAGAAGGCAGUUACUCUGAUGAGGAAGUAAAGCAGACAUUCAGCAGCAUCAGAAUCGAGGAACGAAAUGCAACAUUGUGGGAUCUGAUACACUAUGGAUAUUUCACUGUAGAACAGAUGUAUGAGAUCCUAGAAAAAUACAAGUCUAAGAGAAUAAGAAUAGAAGAGCUAACUACAGAAAUCCUGCAAAUUGUCAAGGCUAACGAAAUCAAAAAGACCACUCACAUUAGUUUCCAGGGUCUACGGGGAAAGGUCCCUGCUGUGUUCCUGCUUGAUUUAAAUAUUAUUACUCAAAAAACAUUUGAUGAACUUGUACAAGGCAUGACAUCCAUUGAGAUAGUAUCACAGAUUGAAAGUGUUAAGAAAUGCUUACAGGGCUCAGGCUCCAUAUCUGGCGUUUUCCUAGAGUCCACAAAAGAGAAAAUAGACAUUUAUCAGGCAAUGAAAAAGAACAUUAUCCUACCCGCCAAUGCACUGAUGCUUCUGGAAGCUCAGGCUGCCACUGGAUAUCUAAUUGAUCCAGCAAAGAAUCAGAAAUACACAGUGAAUGAUGCAGUGAAAGCUGGCUUGGUGGGACCCGAACUUCAUGAAACGCUCUUGGCUGCAGAAAGAGCAGUGACUGGGUACAACGAUCCGUACACUGGAAAUAAAAUCUCUCUGGGAAAAAUGAUCAGCAAGGGUCUCAUUCCAGACAAAGAGAGCGUACCACUGCUGCAGGCUCAGUUAUCAGCAGGUGGCAUCAUUGACCCAGUCCACUGCCUGUAUGUCUCAGUGCAACAGUCUUACAAACUGGGUUUGCUGGAUGAAGAAACAUCUGUGUCUACAAAUGAUCUAAAAAUAUACUUUGAUCCAAACACUAAAGAAAAACUGAGUUACUGUCAACUGAAAGAAAGAUGCUAUAAAGAUCCAGAGACUGGUCACCUACUCUUGUCUAUUCCAGAAAGUGCUGCUUUAUAUACAGAUGCCCACAUUAUCGAACUUCUGAAAUCUGCAGAAUUUACAGCCCAGACUGGAAGAUUCAAAGGUCAAACAGUCUCUCUCUGGGACCUUCUCAAUUCCGAAUACAUCAGCAUCAGCAAACUGAAAGAACUAAUAGCUAUGUACAAAAGCAGUAAUUCUGAAGUUAUUCAAGAGAUUACAAAAUCUAUCACUAGCAUAAUAGAAGAGACAGACACAACAAGCAACAAGCUGAAGUUUAAAGGUCUCCGGAAACAGGUAUCCGCUAGUGACUUGUUUCAGUCAGAGGUUAUUGACAAGAAAACCCUUGAUGAGCUUAACCUGGGUAAAAAAACCAUCGAUGAAGUGACAGAAAUGGACAAUGUAAAGCGCUAUCUUCAAGGAACUAAUUGCAUUGCAGGAGUUCUUAUACAAUCUACCAAUAAGAAAAUGAGCAUUUAUGAAGCAAUGCUAAAGCAUAUUUUGAGGCCAGGAACUGCCCUGGUCCUUUUAGAAGCUCAGGCGGCUACAGGUUUUAUGGUCGAUCCAGUGAAAAAUGAAAGGCUUUCAGUAGAUGAAGCUAAGGCCAGUGGACUAAUAGGACAUGAUGUAUAUGCUAAGCUUCUCUCUGCUGAACAGGCUGUAAUUGGGUACAAAGAUCAUUACACUGGAGAAAAAAUCUCCCUCUUUCAAGCCAUGCAGAAAAAACUUAUUGUCGAGUGCCACGGAAUCCGGCUCCUGGAAGCCCAGAUUGCCACUGGUGGCAUUAUUGACCCUGUGCACAGUCACAGAGUGCCUGUAGAGGUGGCCUAUAAGCGUGGUUAUUUUAAUGAGGACAUGAACAAGAUCCUGUCUGAUCCAGAUGAUGAUACAAAAGGGUUCUUUGAUCCAAACACUCAUGAGAACCUUACUUAUCUACAGCUUGUAGAAAGAUGCAUCCAAGAUCCAGAAACUGGAUUAUAUCUUCUGCAGGUGGUGAAGAAGGGGGAGAACUACUUCUAUUUCACAGACAGAAUAAAAAAAGACUUAAGAUCAAUAACAUUUGAAAUUCACUUUGGAAAGUUCUCUAGUCAAGUAGUAUCUGUCUGGGAAGUUCUGACCUCCGAGUAUAUCACAGACCUAAAGAGACGGGAAUUAGUGAAACUUUACUCAGUGGGGGUCCUCAGCAAAGAUGAGCUGAUAUCUCGUCUCACAGCUCUUGUACAGGAACAUGAAAGUAAAAGCAGCAGUGUGAAAUUUAAGGGAAUCAGAGGUGAAGUCACUGCCACAUCAUUAUUCACUGCAGGCAUAAUUGACAAAAAGACCCUUAAUAAUUUGACAGAAGGCCAGAUCACAGCAGAAAGCGUUGCUGAAAUGGACUCAGUGAAAAGAUACCUGGAAGGAACAGGUUGCAUAGCUGGUGUUACGGUGCUACCCAACAAUGAGGUCAUAAGCAUCUCUAGUGCUAUUAACAGAGGUAUUCUGCAAAAAGACAUUGGCCUGAUACUUCUGGAAGCACAAGCAGCUUCUGGAUUUCUCAUUGAUCCCACCAAGAAUGAGAGGCUUUCCAUCACAGAAGCACUUUCUGCCAGUCUUGUUACGUCUGAUAUUCAAGAAGAGCUGGAAAUAGCUGAGAAAGCAGUUACUGGGUUUACUGAUCCACUGACCGGAAACAAAAUCUCUCUUUUCCAGGCUGUGGAAAAAGGCAUAUUACAUAAAGAACAAGGACUUUACUUAUUGGAAGCCCAAAUUGCAACUGGUGGAGUGAUCGAUCCAAUCCACAAUCACAGAGUUCCUUUAGAUGUGGCGUUUAGGAGGAGAUGUUUGGAUGAAGACACCUAUAUAUCAGUAUCAAAUGCUGUCAAUAAAAAGAGAUUUGUGGAUCCUAAUACACAUGAAAGAAUAAGCUAUGCAAAUUUGCUUGAGAGAUGUAUUAAAGACCCUAAAAGUGGACUUUAUUUACUUCCAUUGGCUGAGAAAUGUGAUGAUUACUUUUAUAUUGAUGAGCAAACAAAACAUAUUCUGACAACCACCAGUGUCCACCUGAAUGCAGGGAUAUUUAAAGGCCAAGAUAUUUCCCUGUGGGAACUGCUGUGCUCUUCUUACAUCUCAGCAGACAAAAGAAAGGAACUUAUAAAGAUAUACAAAACCAAGACAUCAUCCACCCUUAAAGACAUCUUUAACACCAUUGUUUCAAUUAUUGAAGAAAAGGAACAGAGCCAGGGUGAUAUCUGGUUCCAGGGUUUGAGGAAACAGGUGAAAGCAUCUGAAUUGUACAAUGCUGGAAUUAUUAACCAAGAAACACUUGAAGGUUUAAAACAAGAAACACAGACUGCGACUGAUGUUGCUAAAUUAGAUUCUGUUCGGAGAUACCUAGAAGGAACAAGCAGCAUUGCUGGGGUGUUGGUCACUGCCAAAAAUGAUCCAGAGAAAAAGGAAAAGAUGAGUAUUUAUGAUGCUAUGUUAAAGCGUGUAUUGAGGCCAGGGACAGCUCUCGUCCUUCUUGAAGCUCAGGCAGCUACUGGGUUUGUUAUUGACCCAAUAAAGAACAGAAAAUUGGCUGUAGAAGAAGCUUUAUCUGCUGGACUGAUUGGCUAUGAGAUUUACAACAAGCUUCUAUCUGCAGAGAGAGGAGUUACAGGCUACAAUGACCCUUACACUGGAGAGAAAAUCUCUCUCUUCCAGGCCAUGAAAAAAGAUCUGAUUGUGAAGGACCAUGGCAUUCGUCUCCUGGAAGCUCAGAUAGCCACUGGAGGAAUCAUUGAUCCAGUUCACAGUCACCGUGUACCUGUGGAAGUGGCUUAUAAACGUGGCUACUUUGAUGAAGAGAUGAACCAAAUUCUAUCUGAUCCUUCUGACGAUACCAAGGGUUUCUUCGAUCCAAGUACUCAUGAGAAUCUCACAUACAAGCAGUUACUCGAGAGAUGUAUUCAAGAUCCAGACACAGGCCUGUAUUUACUGGAUGUAAAGUACACCAAGACAGCUCCUGUCCAGAGCCAAACUCAGCUGCAGUCCAGAACUAUUCAAGUAACAACUGGUUAUCUCCAAGGCAAAAAUGUCUCCAUCUGGGAACUUCUCUACUCAAAGUACAUUUCAGUAGAAAAACGUGAAGAGCUUCUAAAGAAAUUCACUUCUGGCAAUUUGUCCGUGGAGGAACUUAUAACUAUCCUUCUCAGAAUUAUUACCGAGACAGAGGUAACAUUUAUAUCAACAGACACAACAGACUCUGUGAGUCAAGAUAAACAAAUAAAAAUGCUUCUCCAGUCAGAAAAGGUGAAUGUAUCUGUUGGUGACUUCAAAGGACAAAGUGUAUCAUUGUGGGAGCUUUUGAACUCAUAUUACAUCACAGAAGAAAGAAGAAAAGACAUAUUGGAAAAACUAAAGUCAAAAACAUUGAGCAUACAAGAAAUUAUUACCCUUAUUAUUACUAUCAUUACAGAGACAGAAGUCGGCAAGAUAGAGAAGUUGCAGCAAAGUGUAGAAUUAUCUGUGCAACCUACAGUGAAAUCUGAACCAAUGGUGUCUGAUGAUGAAAUCCAAACAGCUUUACAGAGUAUUACUAUUCAGGUCCAGAAAGGAGAGCUUCAAGGACAAGCGCUUUCAAUAUGGGACCUUCUAUACUCCAAACACAUUCCUGAUGGAAUAAAACAAGAGCUGAUUGAUGAUUACAAAUUAACUAUCAAGGAUAUAAUUGAGAUGGUACUUCAGACUGUUGAAGAGCUCGAACAAGAGAGUCAUAAAUCUAUAUUGGCAAAAUACAGCUUGAAGGAAGAAGGUUUCAAUCUUAUACAAACUGUGCAGUUUGAAGUUUUUGUAGGUGAACUCAGAGGUCAAACGCUAUCAGUCUGGGAUUUCCUGAACUCCAGAUACUUUUCCGAAGAGAAAAGGAAGGAGUUGCUAAUAAAGUUAAAUUCUGGAGAGAUACAUAUAGAUGAACUCAUCAAAAUUAUUAUCACAAUUAUAGAGGAGACAGAAGAGAAAAGUAAAACAAUUAAAUUCAAAGGCCUCAGGAGACAAGUAACUGCUAAUGAGCUACUCAUUUCUGAAAUCAUUGAUCAGAGCACGUUAACAGAGCUGGCUCAGGGAACAAAAUCAUUGGAAGAAGUGACCCAGAUGGACUCAGUAAAGAGAUAUCUAGAAGGAAGAAGCUCUAUUGCAGGAAUACUGGUUCCAUCGAUUAAAGAUCCUUCAAAAAAGGAGACAAUGAGCAUAUAUAAUGCCAUGUUAAGGAACAUCUUGAGGCCAGGGACAGCACUAGUGCUUCUGGAGGCACAGGCAGCUACUGGUUUUAUCAUUGACCCCGUGAAAAAUCUGAAACUUUCUGUAGAUGAGGCCUCAGAGGCUGGCAUCUUUGGACAUGAACUUCAUGCAAAGCUCCUUUCUGCAGAGAGGGCAGUAACUGGAUAUACCGACCCCUAUACUGGCGAUAAGAUCUCCCUGUUUCAGGCCAUGCAAAAAGACCUAAUUGUCAAAGAUCAUGGCAUCCGUCUUUUAGAAGCCCAGAUUGCCACAGGUGGCAUCAUCGACCCUGUGCACAGUCACAGAGUACCAGUUGAAGUGGCUUAUAAACGUGGCUACUUCAAUGAAGACAUGAACCAGAUUCUGUCUGAUCCCACGGAUGACACAAAGGGAUUCUUUGACCCAAAUACACAUGAGAACCUCACAUACCUGCAACUUCUCCAAAGAUGUGUCCAAGAUCCAGUUACCGGUCUGUGCAUGCUAGAAAUUAAGGAGAAAACCGCUCCCAGUGUCCAGCAAAGGGAAUCUUUCCUGAGGUCACAAACUGUCCAAAUUAAAGUUGGCCAAUACAUGGGACAGAAUAUAUCCAUUUGGGAGCUUCUUAACUCUGUGUAUUUCACAGAAACAGUGGAGAAAAAACAAGAACUUCUAAAGAAAUACAGUUCUGGUACUAUUACUAUUGAGGAGCUAAUCUCAACUAUCUUGACUAUCAUCGAAGAAUGGGAAAACAAAAAAAGCAGCCAGUACGUAAAUGGGUCCAGUGUUAGCCAGUCAGACCAACAAGCUAUGAAACAAAAUCAGCCAUCUGACCUUCAAUCUGCACUUGUUUCUAUUACUACAGGCAAGUUCCAUGGUCAACAGCCGUCAGUGUGGGACCUAUUAAACUCUGAAUAUUUCACAGAAAGCAAGAGAGAGGAACUUCUCCAUAAAUACACAACAGGAGUUUGGAAUCUUGAAGAGAUCACUAAACUUACAACAACCAUAAUUAAUGAAACAGAAGAGACAAAAAUUACAGAAAAAAUCACUUCUCCCAUCAAGGCUGAUGAAACGGUUUUAACAGAAACAGAUAAACAACUUUGCAAAGCAUUAAGUGCUUUCACCAUUAUUGCUCCAAUGGGAGAACUCAAAGGAGAGAAGGUGUCUCUCUGGGAAAUUCUCCACUCCAAAUACAUUUCUGAAAGUGAACGAGUAGACCAGUUGAAUAAGCAUCGCAUUGCUGUGGAAAAUCUGAAACAAGCUAUUCUUAAGUUAAUUGAAGGUGCUGAAGGAAAAACGGAUGAAGAGAUUCAGCAAGCUUUGGAAUUGAGAAUUAUGGACAUAAAUAUUGGGGAAUUCAAAGGACAAAAACUUUCUGUUUGGUUUCUGCUUCACUCCAAGUACAUUAGUGACGAGAAGAGGAAAGAACUGCUGGAAUGGUACAAAGCAGGGAAAUUUACAGAGGAUGAACUGUUACGGUUCAUUAUUACCAUCAUUGAGGAGACAGAAGAAAGGAUUACUGGUUUGGAGUUCCAGGGUCUCAGGACAAAGGUCUCUGCUAAAGAGCUGCUUGAGUCUAACAUAAUUGAUCAGACUACUAUGAAUGAGUUGAGCCAGGGGAGCAGAACUUUUGUGCAAGUCACUCAGAUGGAAUCUGUUAAGAGGUACCUUGAAGGAACCAACUGUAUUGCUGGUGUAUUUGUUACCUCUAAGAAAGACUCCUCAGAGCGAGAAAAGAUGAGUAUUUAUGAUGCCAUGUUAAAGCGUGUAUUGAGGCCAGGUACUGCUCUUGUUCUCCUUGAAGCUCAAGCAGCUACUGGGUUUGUAAUUGACCCGAUGAAGAAUAAGAGACUUUCUGUGGAUGAAGCUUUAUCUGCUGGACUGAUUGGUCAUGAGAUUUAUGAUAAACUUCUGUCUGCAGAGAGAGGAGUUACAGGCUACAAAGACCCUUACACUGGAGAGAAAAUCUCCCUCUUCCAGGCCAUGAAAAAAGAUCUGAUUGUGAAGGACCAUGGCAUCCGUCUCUUGGAAGCUCAGAUUGCCACUGGAGGUAUUAUUGAUCCAGUUCACAGCCAUCGUGUACCUGUGGAAGUGGCUUAUAAACGUGGCUACUUUGAUGAGGAAAUGAGCCAGAUCCUCUCUGAUCCUUCUGACGAUACCAAGGGAUUCUUCGAUCCCAAUACUCAUGAGAACCUCACAUAUAUUCAAUUAAUGGAGAGAUGUAUUCAAGAUCCAGACACAGGUCUGUAUUUUCUGGAUGUAAAUGACAGUAAGGUAUCGCCUCUCCGUAGCCAAACACAAACUCAUCUGGAGUCCAGAACUCUUCAAACAAAAAUUGGUUACUUCCAUGACAAAAAUGUUUCCAUCUGGGAACUUCUCAACUCAAAGUACAUUUCAGAUGUGAAAAGAGAAGAACUAUUGAAGGUGUACACAUCUGGCAGUCUGUCCAUAGAGGAACUUAUAGAUAUCCUUAUCACAAUCAUUAUUGAGACAGAGUUCAAGUCGGAAAUGGUAGAGAUAUUUGAUGGUGAAUUCAAAGGGCAAAGCAUUUCAUUGUGGGAGAUUCUCCACUCUUCUUACAUCACAGAAGAAAAAAGGAAAGACCUGUUGGAAAAAGCAAAAUCGGGAACUUUGACUGUACAAGAAAUUAUUACUCUUGUGACUAUCAUCAUAAAACCAGAAGCCAGCAAGGUUGUAGAAUUAUCUUCGGAGUUAACAGUGAAAUCGGAUCAUUCUGUGCAUGAUGAGGUCAUUCAUAGAGAGACAUUGCAGAAAACUCUACAAACAUCUGUACAACAAACAGUGAAAUCUGACCAAUCUGUGCAUGAUGAUGAAAUUCAGAGAGCCUUAGAGAGUAUUAUCAUCCAGGUGAACAAAGGACAAUUUCAAGGCCAACUGGUUUCCGUGUGGGACAUUCUUAAUUCUAAUUACGUUCCUGAGAGCAGAAGAAAGGAACUUCUUGGGAAUUACAAAUUAACUGUUCAAGACAUUAUGGAGAUAGUUAUUCAGUCUAUUGAAGAAGUGGAAUAUGGGAGCAACAAAUCUUUAAAGGCAAAAUAUAACCUGAAAGAUGAGGUAUUUAAUAUUAUACAGACUGUCCAGGUUGAAGUUUCUAUAGGAGACUUCAAGGGUCAGAGACUUUCUGUAUGGGAUCUCCUGAGUUCAAGAUACUUUUCAGAGGAAAAAAAGAAGGAAUUGCUAGAGAAGAUAAAUUCUGGGUCAUUAAAAGUACAUGAACUAAUCAAAAUAAUUAUUACGACCAUUGAAGAGAUAGAAGAGCGCAGUAAAAUUUUAAAGUUUAAAGGCCUCAGGAGACAAGUAACUGCUAAUGAGCUGCUUAGUUCUGAAAUAAUUGAUCAGGCAACUCUGACAGAACUAGCUCAGGGAAGAAAAACUGUAGAAGAAGUGACCCAAAUGGACUCAGUAAAAAGAUACCUAGAAGGGAGAAGCUCUAUUGCAGGAAUUCUAGUUACAUCCAGUAAAGAUCCUUUUAAAAAGGAUACAAUGAGCAUAUAUAAUGCCAUGUUAAGGAACAUCUUGAGGCCAGGGACAGCACUAGUGCUUCUGGAGGCACAGGCAGCUACUGGUUUUAUCAUUGACCCCGUGAAAAAUCUGAAACUUUCUGUAGAUGAGGCCUCAGAGGCUGGCAUCUUUGGACAUGAACUUCAUGCAAAGCUCCUUUCUGCAGAGAGGGCAGUAACUGGAUAUACCGACCCCUAUACUGGCGAUAAGAUCUCCCUGUUUCAGGCCAUGCAAAAAGACCUAAUUGUCAAAGAUCAUGGCAUCCGUCUUUUAGAAGCCCAGAUUGCCACAGGUGGCAUCAUCGACCCUGUGCACAGUCACAGAGUACCAGUUGAAGUGGCUUAUAAACGUGGCUACUUCAAUGAAGACAUGAACCAGAUUCUGUCUGAUCCCAUGGAUGACACAAAGGGAUUCUUUGACCCAAAUACACAUGAGAACCUCACUUACCUGCAACUUCUCCAAAGAUGUGUCCAAGAUCCAGAUACCGGUCUGUGCAUACUAGAAAUUAAGCAGAAAACUGCUCCCAGUAUCCAGCAAAGGGAAUCAUCCUUAAGGUCACAAACUGUCCAAAUUAAAGUUGGCCAAUACACUGGACAGAAUAUAUCCAUUUGGGAGCUUCUUAACUCUGUGUAUUUCACAGAAACAGUGGAGAAAAAACAAGAACUUCUAAAGAAAUACAGUUCUGGUACUAUUACUAUUGAGGAGCUAACCUCAACUAUCUUGAGUAUCAUCGAAGAAUGGGAAAACAAAAAAAGCAGCCAGUACGUAAAUGGGUCCAGUGUUAGCCAGUCAGACCAACAAGCUAUGAAACAAAAUCAGCCAUCUGACCUUCAAUCUGCACUUGUUUCUAUUACUACAGGCAAGUUCCACGGUCAGCAGCUGUCAGUGUGGGACCUACUAAACUCUGAAUAUUUCACAGAAAGCAAGAGAGAGGAACUUCUCCAUAAGUACACAACGGGAGUUUGGACUCUUGAAGAAAUUAUUAAAAUCGUCACAACCAUAACUUCUGAAACAGACAGUGAAAUUACAGUAACAAAAACUCUCAGUCUUGGCACUGAAUCCUUUUCUCUUAGUCCCGUUGUUUACACACAGACAGAUGAACAACUUCGUAAAGCUUUAAAUGCUAUUACAGUCCAUGUUGCAGCAGGAAAGUUGAGGGAGCAGAAGGUGUCUCUCUGGGAUAUUCUCCACUCUAAAUAUCUUUCAGAAGAUAAACGAGAUGGUGAGCUGGACAAGCAUCGGGCCACUGUGAACAAAUUGAAAAAAGUUAUUCUUAAAAUUGUUGAAGGUGCAGAAGGAAAAUCUGAUGAAGAGAUCCAGCAAGCAUUGGAAUUGAGAAUUACGGAGAUAAAUAUUGGGGAAUUCAAAGGACAAAAACUUUCUGUGUGGUUUCUGCUUCACUCCAAGUACAUUAGUGACGAGAAGAGGAAAGAACUGCUGGAAUGGUACAAAGCAGGGAAAUUUACAGAGGAUGAACUGUUACGGUUCAUUAUUACCAUCAUUGAGGAGACAGAAGAAAGGAUUACUGGUUUGGAGUUCCAGGGUCUCAGGACAAAGGUCUCUGCUAAAGAGCUGCUUGAGUCUAACAUAAUUGAUCAGACUACUAUGAAUGAGUUGAGCCAGGGGAGCAGAACUUUUGAGCAAGUCACUCAGAUGGAAUCUGUUAAGAGGUACCUUGAAGGAACCAACUGUAUUUCUGGUGUAUUUGUUACCUCUAAGAAAGAUUCCUCAGAGCGAGAAAAGAUGAGUAUUUACGAUGCCAUGUUAAAGCGUGUAUUGAGGCCAGGGACUGCUCUUGUUCUCCUUGAAGCUCAAGCAGCUACUGGGUUUGUAAUUGACCCAAUACAGAAUAAGAGACUUUCUGUGGAUGAAGCUUUAUCUGCUGGACUAAUUGGUCAUGAGAUUUAUGAUAAACUUCUGUCUGCAGAGAGAGGAGUUACAGGCUACAAAGACCCUUACACUGGAGAGAAAAUCUCCCUCUUCCAGGCCAUGAAAAAAGAUCUGAUUGUGAAGGACCAUGGCAUCCGUCUCUUGGAAGCUCAGAUUGCCACUGGAGGUAUUAUCGAUCCUAUCCACAGCCACCGUGUACCUGUGGAAGUGGCUUAUAAACGUGGCUACUUUGACGAAGAGAUGAAUCAAAUACUUUCUGAUCCCUCAGAUGACACCAAAGGAUUAUUUGACCCCAAUACUCAUGAGAACCUCACAUAUCUACAACUUCUUCAGAGGUGUGUUCAAGAUCCAGAUACUGGUCUUUUUAUGUUGGAUGUGAAUGAGAGAAAAACUUCUUUCCAAAUUGACCACCAACAAAAAAAUAUAUUGCAGUCGUAUACUUUUCAUAUGACUGGUGAUGAAGACAAGGAGAUGUCUCUUUGGGAUGUUUUGUAUUCUCAGCACAUUUCAGCAGAGAAAAGAGAAGAACUUCUUAAAAAAUACCAGUCUGGCACUUUAACAAUUGAGGAACUCAAAAUUAUUAUCAUUACCAUCAUUACAGAGACAAGGAAAGGACAAAGUCAAGAUUUUGGUUCUACAAAGCAAGAUGUGGAAAUUCAGGAAUCACUUCAGUCCGUUCAUAUUAAUAUCUCCAAAGAAGGCAUUCAAGAAGAAUCCAUGUCAGUGUGGGACUUUUUAAACUCAAAAUAUAUCUCUGAGAAUGAAAGAAUCGAUUUGUUGACUAAGUUCAAAUCAGGAAACUUGACGAUUGAGGAACUAAUUAAAAUAAUCAUAACCAUUAUUCAAAAGACAAAGGUAGAAACAAUAGAACAUGUAACUACAAAGACACAGUUUAUUACAGAGGAGAUUAAGGGGUCAUCAGUUUCCAUUGAAGCUAGUCAGUGGCCUACAGAAGACCAGCUUCAGAAAGCCUUGGAAAUUAUUCCAUCCAAAAUUACAGAGCAUCACAGCCAAACUCAAAUUCAAGAAAGUAGUGUUUCUGUUUGGGAUCUUCUGCAUAGUGAGAGUGUGUCUGUUGAAAAGAGGAAGGAACUAUUACAAACAUACAAACAUACAGUCAAUGAGAUUAUGAGCGUUUGCACCAACAUCAUUCAAGAAGGUGAAGGCACUACCAGCUCACCCAAAUCUGCUGAAAGCAGUUUAUUUAAAGACACUGAUCUUUUAUCUGAAGACACAGAGUUAACAUCAAACCGCAUUCAAACUCAAAACUCCCUGAUGGCAGUCGAGGUGGAUGUGACAGUGGGUAGUAACCCAAGUCAGAAAAGUUCACUUUGGCAGCUGCUACAUUCAUCAUAUUUCACAAAUGAGAAAAAGGAUGAGCUCCUUGUAAAAUUUGAAAGUGGAACUUUGACUCUUGAAGACCUCAUGAAGUGUAUUAUUACCGUCAUAGUGGAAGCAGAGAAAACGAAUGUAAAAGUGUCAAGUCAUCGUGCUAUAACCAUUAAAUCAGGAAAUGUUGAACAUUAUUUCCUUCCCAAACCAAUUGAAAAGUCCCUGCAGUCAUUAUCUGUUUCCAUCUCCAGCAGGGAGUUCCAUAAUAGGAACAUAUCUCUAUGGGACAUAUUGCAUUCUAAGAACAUCAGUGAUGACAAACGUCAAGCAUUCCUAACAAAGUACUAUGGAACAAUUGUAGAAGUCAGUACAAUCCUAACUAACGCAUCACAAACAACAAUUAAAACAGAUACUCAGGUACAUGAGAGAACCACAGAAGACUUCUUAAAGUCUGUCACUGUGCAGGUCAGCAUUGGAGAAUUUAAAUUAGCAGGACAAUCUCAUUCACUCUGGGAACUCCUGCACUCUAGAUAUGUUACAGAAACCAAGAGAAAGGAGCUAAUUGAGAAGUUUGAGUCUAAAGUUCUAACAUGGGAAGAGAUCUUCAAAAUUAUAACCACCAUUAUUAAAGAGACAGAAGAGAGGAGCAGUAAUCUCACAUUUAAAGGACCACUAUAGUGCCUGGAAAACAAACUUGUUUUCCUGGCACUAUAGGGUCAUUAGGUCUCCCCCUCCCGCUGGGCUGAAGGGGUUAAAACCCCUUCAGCCACUUACCUUUCUCCAGCGCUGGGCUCCAUCGGCUCUGGUGACCUCUCCUCCCCCUGCCGACGUCAGAUCUGAAUGCACAGGCACGGCAAGAGCCUUCAAACCAUAGGAAAGCAUUACUCAAUGCUUUCCUAUGGACGUCCAGCGUCUUCUUCUUCCAGCGUCAUUUUCAGAUUGAUUCAGUGAAGAAGUACUUAGAUGGUUCUGGCUCUAUUGCAGGUGUAUUUCUUCAAUCCAAAAAUAACCCCACUAAAAGAGAGAUGAUGAAUAUUUACAAAGCAAUGUCGAAUCAGGUCCUUUUUUAUUGACAGAACAGGAACAUUGAUCUAAAUUUUCUCAUUAAAGAUUUUGGAUCCUCUUAAAAGACUAUCAUGUAUGAAUGCUGAUUAUUUUCUACUUUGUAUCAAAAUGUGUUUUACGUACAGAUUUUAUGUUAACUGACGACUUUAGUAACUAGACCAUAUUCUUCAACUAACCUGUGAAACUCUUAUGUUAUAUAAUUCUACUUACUAUUGAGGUGAAUGGGCUCAUCUUCGGUGAAACUGGCUGCAUGUUCCAGAGCCAGAUGGCAUGUUCCAGGGCCAGACUGACAAACGUUGGGUUUAAUAAAAUUAUGAUGUUCUUUUGUAACAUUAGCUGUGCAAUCAUUCUCCAUAUUCCUAAAAUGGAUUAUAAUAACAGUGUUACUUCACUGUCUAUGAAAAGAUUCCACAAUUUGGUUACAGCUCUUCUUUAGAGUGACUGACCUGAGUCUAUGCGGUCACGAUGCUUGUGCUGUGUCCACACAAACAUUUUUCAUUAAACUGGGAUUUGUGAAGAAUUGUCAAUGGAGUUGCAAAUGUAUCAAAAUACCUAAAAUACCCCAAGCUAUUUUCUAGCCACAAUAUGCGAUUCCCUUCUCAUUCUACACAAUUUUUGGUCUAUUGAAUAACGCCCAAUCAGGCAGAUGAUCAACAAAUAUUCAUGCCAAAGGGUAAUAUGUAGACUAAAUGUGGUUUGGCUUCAUAAAAAUAUAAAAAAAUUAUCUUGUAUAUCAAAAAGCUUGAACAAAAAAUUGCAUUUUAUUAUUGUAACAAUAAAUAAAAUAAAUUCACAAUUCCAAUA